AUGAAUAAAGAUUGGGUAAGAAGUAAAAAGGAGAUUAAUGCAAAAUAUAACCUUAGGACCUUCAUUGAAGCAUCCCCAGAUGUGAAAGGAAAGUACGAAAUUAUAGAUUUACCUGCAAUUGAUUUAUCUCUUUAUAAGGAAGGUCCUGAAAAUCUUGAAAGUCGUCAAAAGCUUGCAAUUAUAUUAGAAGAGUCAUUAAUGGAACAUGGAUUCUUUAAAUUGGUAGGCCAUGGUAUAGAGAAAGAAGUUUUUGAUAAUUUAAAAGCAAUUGGCCAGUCCAUUUUUGAAUUGCCCGAAGAAGAGAAAUCAAAUUUCAUAGCAAGUAGUCAAUUUAUUGAAGAAGAAAGAAAUAGAGAUUUGGGUGUAGUUAGAGGGGUUGGAUUUAAGCCAAAAGGUUACUGGACCUACGCAAACGAAACUAAGGAUAAUGUGGAAUUCUUUAAUGUUCGUCAUUUCUUACACAAAGACAUUUUUUUCAAUAGACUCUCGUAUCCAGAAUUCGUGAGAAAUAAUUUAGACGAUAUUUUCAACUAUUUUAGAUAUUUGCACUUUAAAGUGUUGAAGAAAGUUUUGAAUCUAAUAGAUAUAGUUUUGGAAUUGCCUGAGGGAACUCUUUGGAAGAAAUUUUUUAAGGUUGUAGAUAAUGAAAUUGAUAAUUCAGGGGGUGGAUUUGGAAGAUUUUUGUUGUACCAUGAGGUUGAUAAAAAUUAUAAUAAAUCAACUAAUAAUACUUGGAUGAGGGGCCAUACUGAUGCUACUGCUUUAACUUUCAUUGUUUCCCAACCAAUUCUUUCUUUGCAAAUUAGAGACUAUAAAACUCAAGAAUGGAAGUUUGUGAGUUACACGCCAAAUUCAUUAGUCGUAAAUAUUGGUGACGCUUUUCAGCAGCUUACUGGAGGCUACUUUAAGUCUUCAGUCCAUAGAGUUGUUACUUCUAUAGGUCAUCAAAGCCAUUUUAAGAGAAAUACAAUAAUAUAUUUUUGUGAUCCUUCAAGAAAUACCUACAUUGAUCCAGAAGAGCUCAAUUCACCUAAAUUGAAUGCUUUGGGCUUAAAGUCUGAUCUGAAAAGACGGGUUACUUUUGGUGAAUGGGACGAUGCAAAAGGUAGGAUUCUUAACAAGAAAAGUAAUACCCAAUCUAAACCAUUAAAUAUCUUGGGCAGAGAGUCCAUUGGCUCUUUGAUACCUGAUAUAAUAAAAUCCUCAAGAAGUUAA